UGGUGGUGGUGGUGGUGAUGAUGAUGGUGGGGUCCCGGCGCCCCCCCGAGCGGCAGCCGCCAAAUACACCGAGAAGGCCAACGCUCUGGGUCCACCCGAGGAGCUGCCCCCCCGCCCAUCACAUCAGAUGGUGCCCAUUCCCGGCGGGGUGUUUACCAUGGGGACCGACGACCCGGGCGUACCUCAGGACGGAGAAGGCCCGGCCAGGAAAGUGCACGUCAAAGCUUUCCACAUGGACAAAUACGAAGUCUCCAACACCGAGUUCCAGAGAUUUGUCCGGGCCACGAACCACGUCACCGAGGCGGAAAGAUUCGGUGAUUCCUUUGUGUUUGAGGGGCUGCUCAGCGAGAAGGUGAAGAGCGGUAUUACACAGGCGGUCGCUGAGGCCCCCUGGUGGCUCCCGGUUAAAGGGGCGUCUUGGAGACACCCCGAAGGCCCUGAUUCCAACAUCACCAACAGAAUGGAUCACCCCGUGUUGCACAUUUCCUGGAAUAACGCAGUGUCUUACUGUACCUGGGCCGGGAAGCGUUUGCCUACGGAGGCGGAGUGGGAAUACGCCUGCAGAGGGGGGCUGGACAACAGGCUCUUCCCCUGGGGGAACAAGCUGCUCCCGAAGGACCAACACUACAUGAAUAUUUGGCAGGGACACUUCCCUUACCACAACACAGCAGAAGAUGGAUAUGACAGCACAGCCCCGGUAACUGCCUACCCUCCCAAUGGGUACGGUCUGCAUAACAUGGUGGGCAAUGCCUGGGAAUGGACUGCGGAUUGGUGGAACAUACACCACACAGUUGAUGAGGUAGAGAACCCUACUGGAGUUCCAACAGGCAAAGACAAGGUGAAGAAAGGUGGAUCCUACAUGUGCCACAAGUCCUACUGUUACAGGUACCGGUGUGCGGCUCGCAGUCAGAACACCCCAGACAGCUCCGCGUCCAACCUGGGCUUCCGCUGUGUCGCUGACCAGCUGCCCGAUCGCGUAAAGUGAG